AUGAUAGACGAGCUCGUCGGAAGACUCGACCGGAUCGGUAUGAGCCAGUACCGAAACAGGCACCAAAAGCUGCAGUCAAGAAGACGGAGAGAAGGUCGAAGAGGACAGGGCAGAAGAAGAGACGUGCCAAGGAUGGCGCGCGAACACGAGCCCUUGUCCAGAGCUUUGAGAUGAGGAAUGGCCCAAAGAAGAAGCGCCUGACGUACCAGAUCUUGCAUUCAAUGAGAUGAAGUUCUUACAAAAGAUGGAUACUCAGGGCGACGAUCAAGUAUCACAUGAUCCGUCUCGAAGAACGCAGCCAGCUCGAAAGAGAAGAGAUGAGAGAAAACAAGUUUCAGCAUAUUUCCAGACCAUGCCCCAAUCUCCAGAACGGCAACGACAAGAGAAUCCACCGCAUUCUGAGUCCACUUCCACCAAAGACCUGCGCAGGCAGCACGGGGUAACCCCCACCAAUAUCGUGAAUGCGAAUGUGAAUUCACCACAAGCUACUCAUGAGUCUAGCCAAGGACUUGUCAACGAUGGAGACAGAGACCGAAGUGUUAAAUCUGGACGUUGCUUCACAUGGUCCACAUCCGCAGGUGGAAAUGAGCUGCCUUCGUUGCCCUCACGCCCAUCGCACACGAUGCGGGUCGAUCAUGCCAAUAAUCGUGAGACAAGAAAGCCGGAAUUUUCUCAAGUCCAUCACGUCUUGAAAAACAACAGUCUGGAUAGCAGACAAGAUGGUGAAGACAACUACAUCGCACCACAUUCGCAAAAGGCGUCAUCGAGUGUUCCGAUGCCCUUUAACAAAGUGCCAUUGCCGGUCGCCCGAGAGCAACAUGAUCGGCGUUCACAUGCUACUACUUGGACGACAAGAGUGACUCCAGCACAUUAUAUGUCGGACAUACUACAGAUUGACACCAACGUCCUAGCGUCGGAAGCGAUGAAGAAGUUGCCAUUUGGGUUGGCACUCGAGCAGACGGUAAACAAAGAGAAUAUUGAACCUGUUCGCGAAACACCGACGAGUAGUUCGCUUCGGAGGGCGUUUGACAAGAUUAAGCAUACAACACCAAUCACAAAUGGAGCGAGCGAAACCUCGAGGCGUAUCCUACACGCCCAGGAGAAGCAAAUAGCCGGAAUCACCGGCGCCGCAAGCCGGAUUCCCCCUGGAAUGCCGUUUGAAACCUCAAAAUUCGAGAGGCCGCCGCGUGGCGGUACAAAUGUCGUUAUGCGAACGAUACCUCAUCGGGGCGUUCAACGAUCCGCGGACUCGUCGGCCACAAGUAUUUUCCGCAUACUACACCCCAUGGAAUUAUUCGAGCCAAGGCCAAGAGUUCAAUUCCUGGAAAGACGUUCCCCCCUCCGAGCUGCAAUUUGCCGCCGGGAUGUUGAUGGGCAACGGCUUACUAUGUCAACACACAGUGCAGAUGUACAGGAUCCGCCGUUCCUCUGCACAUCGAGGUCACCAACAAACACCAAUAAACAUCUCCCAACUCCAUACUUUUACUUGAGAGAUGAAGAUUGUCGGACACGUCAAGCUGACAAGGUCGAUCUGGCCCUGUUGAGCCCAUCCCAGGCCGCUUACAAUGGUCCCGUCGAGAUGUACAAUGAUGCCAUAGAAGAGGACACCCCCGCCGCUCUGUUGUCAUGGGACCUGGCCCAGAGCACUGACACAGCGAAUCUUCACGAGAAAGAAGUGUCCCGGGAGAACGGUCUCAAUCCUAUAACACAACAGUCCACCGGCCAGAUGCAAAAACCCCUGUUCGAGUUGAAGGAUGGACUUGAAGAUGAAGAAGUGGAAUCGAUUCCAGAAGACCCUGUGCCAUCGCGGCGGGGGUUUGAUGGAUUCUGGAGACCGCAGAAGUUCUACUGAUGCGGAAGGAGCGACACAAUUUCUGGAAACCGAAAGUGCACAGUCUGUGGUGGUCCAGAUUUUUGACAGCCGCGACAAGCAACAUUUGACCUUCGUCAAUGAUGCCUAUUUUUGGUCAUUUUCAGACCCAGUUACACUCAUGUGCAAAGUCAUAUCAUCAAUGUCAGUGACGACAAUGAAACCUUGUUCCCCCUCCUCUGAAAAGUAAGACUGGG